AUGAGCUGGACUUGCCCGCGUUGCCAGCAGCCCGUUUUCUUUGCUGAGAAAGUGAGCUCUCUGGGCAAGAACUGGCACCCCUUCUGCCUGAAAUGUGAGCACUGCCACAGCGUCCUGUCCCCUGGCCGGCACGCAGAGCACAAUGGGAGGCCGUACUGCCACAAGCCAUGCUACGGGGCUCUCUUCGGACCCAGGGGGGUGAACAUUGGUGGUGUGGGCUCCUACCUCUACAACCCCCCCACUCCUACCCCUGCCAGCACCACUCCCCUCAGCCCCAGCAGCUUCAGCCCUCCCAGACCCAGGACUGGCAUCCCCCAAAGCAAGAAAAGCCCUCCUCACAUGAAGAUGUUCACUGGGGAGACUUCACUGUGCCCUAACUGUGGGAAGCCUGUCUAUUUCGCUGAGAAAGUGAUGUCUUUGGGCAGAAAUUGGCACCGGCCCUGUCUGAGGUGCCAGCGCUGCCAGAAGACCCUGACUGCUGGGAGUCAUGCUGAGCAUGAUGGCGUCCCCUACUGCCACAUCCCCUGCUACGGCUACCUGUUUGGCCCCAAAGGUGUGAACAUUGGUGAUGUGGGCUGCUACAUCUAUGACCCAGCAGAGAUGAAAUCCAAAUGA